AGUUUUAUUACAUGGUGAAGAACGGCGGUCUUUGUGUCGACAGGAGAAAAAGACAAGAGAAUAAUGGCCGAAAGCAAGCAGAAUCGUGAUGAUGUUUUCACAUGCUCUAUAUGUAUGGAAACGUUCCGGAAACCAGUAAUGCUACCCUGUCAGCACAGUUUUUGUAGGGAAUGCAUUGGUUUAUAUGCUGACAAGUCUAAACCUGUACGGGCAGAUGAGACCUCUGGCAUCACAGGGAAUGAGGACGUUCAUCAGCUGAUCUCAUGCCCUGUGUGUCGGGCACCGACCAGUCUAGGGAGAGAAGGUGUGGCUGGUCUGCCACCCAACUUUCAUCUGGCAGAAAUUGUGGAGAGGUUCUCGUCUGUUGUAGAGGUUGAGGAUGACACCCCAUAUUGUUCUAUGUGUGAGGUGGAAAAUCACGCUAAAGCUGUCAAGUUUUGUACCAACUGUGGUGUGUUUUACUGUCAGGAAUGUCUUGCAAAUUACCAUCCAAUGCGGGGGCCUCUGAAACGUCACCGACUGAUUUCCUCCAUGGAGUACCUCUCCCAGGACACCUCACAGGGUCAAGUCAGCAGACACCACCAAUCGACUCAACAAGCCACAUGUUCUAGACAUGGUCAGCCAUUCUGCUUGUACUGUGUAACGUGCCGGAUGGUGAUCUGUCUGGGGUGUGUGGUUGACCAUCCGAAACACGCUGUGCAAGAUAUAAAAUCUGCAGCUGAGAAUGACAAGCCAGAUGUUUUAACCAAGACUAGUGAACUGGAGAAAGUUCUACAAGAAACUAAAGAAUCACUGUCAGGAGUUAUGAGGCUGCACAAGAAGAUACAGGAAAACCAGGAUCUUCACACUCAGGAGGUAGAAAAGGCUUAUUGCGCAGCCUUGGAAGCUUUACAAGCCUGGCGGCUGCACUCGUUAGAUGCUAUGAAAACGCGCUAUUCACAGUGGAGAGUGGAGUGUAGCGCCAUACUCAAACAUUUCCAAAUUCAGGCUCAGGAAAUGGAGAGUAUAGUACAGGCUUCCAAAGAUUUGUUGACGUCAAUGGACGUCGAGUUUUUACAGGUAAGUCAAAUGUACACAAUCUCUAACAUUGGUUCAGCUGCCUCAACUCCAGUUAAAUACCUCAAGUAACCACACAGGACAAACUGCCAAUAAUUUGUCAGCUUCAGAGAACAUGCAAAGUUUUCUUACCUCUGUGGGCUGUAGAUAUCUUUAUUUUGACCGCUCAUUUGUAAACAGAUGUGAUAUGUAUGUAGUGUAAGUACACAGAGGUGUCUCAUUUACCAUUGUCACAUUAUUGAACCUGUGACCGGCCUCAUACAAUGACCCUAAUGAACAGUGAUCAGGUGUUCAAAUCCAUCUCAUGCUGCCAGAUCUGCUGAAGGUUUAGGUCCAGAGUUUAACUGCUUUACUUUGUUCAGUGGUUCUCUCCGGUUGCUCUCCGUUUUUCUACCCAUAAACCUAACCGCUCAGCGAUUAGACCAAUAAACAACUCCAGGAUCUUGUCUAUGUAAUGUUAAAAAAGAGUGUAUUGUUUGAUGUUUUUCGAAAACGACAUGUGAAUACAAACAGUAAUAAAGGCAUUAUCUGUGUUUGAAACAAUAAAUUAGCCAUUGUACAAACCGUAUAUCGACAACUAUAUCUCUGUUGAUGUCCCCAGGCACUGGCCGGUUUCCUCCAACCAAAAGUCUAACCACGGUCUAAAAAGAGAAAUAUUUUUGAGCACGACGUAAAACACCAACCAAACAAACCAUCAUGUUGUGGCUCAUUAUGUUGUCCCAAUUUUCAAUCAUUUGGAUGAUAACGGCUGUUUUCUGUUUUGGGUUUUUCGGUCCAAAGUUGAUUUACCUGGAACAGAAAGUCCAGGCCCACAGGUGAUAAACACAAUGGCUACUUUCACAAGCUUGUAACACACAGAAUUUGAUAGCGUUUACUGUGUUUGUGGUAUUUGUUUGUUUCGGAUUGUAAACAUCGUCCUUUUGUAUGCACCAGUAGUCUACUUUAGCCUAACAUUUUCAUAAACGUGCCGUAAAAUAACCAUAUAACAGCCGUAGAAAGGGACUCCUAACAGGAAGACAAGAAUUUAGCCAUUUCUUCAUUUUCCUGACAUCAUUGGUUUAUAUCCCUCUCUUUAGAAGAUUUCUACCCUGGUCUUCUUAUUUAUAGUCCACGGUUAAUACGAUUGUUUACCUUCUUCCCACAGCUUUUAGGGGAAGGGGAGAUAACUCUAGUGCCUUUCACUAUAAUGAAACCUUCUGCCACAAUACUCGUGACAUUGACUAAAGAUUGCUUCGAUGACAGUAGUGUAGGAUUCAGAAACCUUACCACAUGCUAAGAUUUAUGCAACCACUAUCCUUAAAUUGGUUACUGUUUUACUUUUAAUAUGUGGAACAAAUCAUUUUCAACUAAGAUUGGGUGAUCUCGAAAUCUUCGGGGAAAAAUUACACAGCAACAAGCCCCAAAGAAUUUAUUACACCGGAAUUUAGAGCUGAUUUUGACUAUGUGAUUGACUAGGGAGUGGUCUAAUUUUUUGAGGGAAAAGCCAAGGGUCCAUGUGUACUAUAGGAGAGGUAAGCCAUAUCAGUUACAACCGUGUUCUUGUUACAUAUUGUGGUGAAAGUACAAUGUAUACCCUAAUUUUUCUAAAAUUUGGGACAGAUAUUACUAGUGUUUGAAAGUAGAAUAUUACAUUUCUUUACCAGCCUUUUCGAAAGUAAAAAUAUGAAUAGAUUGUUCAUUAGAUGGUCCAACCAUGUGACAAAAAGGAAACUCAAUAUUCCUGCUAUAAUUACAUGUUAAUUGGCUACAAUGGGCAGACCAGGUGUCCCAAAUUUUAGAAGAAACAGGGUAGGUACAGAAUCUUAGUUUCGGUUAUCAUCUUUACUUGAUUUUAUAUGGGUUUUCAAUUCUGUUUGUUGACAGGGUUCCACAGACUUCACCAAAACGUAUGUAUGAAUAUGUUAUACCUAUCAAGGUUUGUUACACAUGUGCACGUGACUAUAGUCAGCAGAUGUGUUUCUGUAACGCUGAGUACAAGCACUGUAGUCCUCCAGAACAUGACUCAAGCAUAAAAUAUAUCUAGUGUUCAAACAUACGUAUGUUCGGACAAAUCAGAUCUAACCUGCUAGGAAUAGUACACUGUAUAUUAUGGCAUUCUCAUAACUGCGUGGUACAUAGGAUUAUUACACGACUUUGUCUCUUUCUUUUCUCUCCCCUUCUCACAGAAUUGAUGAUCGAUUGAAUGAGAUAAGAGCAGAUCUGGAGAAACAUGAAGUCAGCAGACAGAAGCUUCUAGAAUCUGUACAACAGGACCACGUUGUCCCCAGACACGUGACUGUAAAGGAGACAGUGCAAGAAAGUCAGGACUUAGAAGCAGCAGUCGGUGAACAAAUGUCACCCCUACGUGUUAAAAAACCGACGCUGAGAUUCACAGAGACAGAUGACAGUGAGCUGCGAAUCAUUGAGAGCGGCUCUGUGGUAAAGGCUGAGGACUUGUCCGAGGUGUGGUAUGGGACAGCUGUGACAGAUGGG